AUGUUAAAAACAGCUGGUGAUUGGCUUCAAGGACCAUAUAUAUAUGCAGUAUACAAGAGUUAUGGAUUUGAAUUAAGCCAAAUCGCAAUUUUGUUUGUAACCGGAUUUUUGUCAAGUGGUAUAUUUGGAACCAUAAUAGGUUCGGCUGCUGAUAAAUUUGGAAGGAAGAAGUUUUGUUUGCUUUUCACGUUGCUUUAUUCUUCAGCAUGUUUUAUCAUUUUGUCCUCGAACUUUUACAUUUUAUUGAUUGGAAGGAUUCUAGGAGGAAUUAGUACAUCACUUUUAUUUUCGGUUUUUGAAGCCUGGAUGGUCAACGAGCAUUUUUCAAGAGGCUUUUCAUCAUUAUCACUUUCCGAUACGUUCUCUAAGGCAACUUUUGGUAAUGGUUUAGUGGCAAUAUUUAGUGGAUUGCUUGCAAACUGGCUGGUAGAACAUCACGGUGUUAGUUCACCUUUUUUAGCAGCAAUUGGUUUUUUUGCGACUGCUGCCAUGGUGAUAAUACUUACUUGGAAAGAGAAUUACGGGAAUACUUCCGAAAAUGUAAAUACAUUUCAAAGUCUUUUUCAGGCUCUGAAUGUUAUUAUGAAAGAUUCUCAUGUCCUUGCAAUUGGAGCUGUACAAUCUCUUUACGAAGCAUCGAUGUAUAUUUUUGUGUUUUUGUGGGGACCAUUUUUAGAAAGUCAGCAUGAUAUUUUGAAUAAUUCAGGCUUACCUUUUGGUAUGAUUUUCGCUAGUUUUAUGGUUGCCAUAAUGAUUGGAUCUUUGUUUUAUGGGCAUUUAAGCGGACCAAUGAAUAUUCCUUUAUCCAACAUAGCGAGUGGAACAUUUCUUGUCGCAUCAAUAUCAUUACUAUUACCCUUGUUUAUUGAAAAUGAAUUCAUUUUAUUCAUUUUAUUUAUCGUAUUCGAAUUGACUUGUGGUCUCUAUUUUCCGUUAAUUGGAACAUUUCGAGCAAAAGUGAUUUCUGAAGACAUAAGAGCUACCGUUGGAAAUUUGUUCAGAGUGCCGUUGAAUUUGAUAGUAGUCUAUGUUUUGAUUUCGGAUAUUUCUAUUCCAGAACAAUGUCUUUUUUGUGGUUUCUUACUUUUCGUGGCUUUUAUUUGGUCAUUUUGGCUUCCAAUGGAAUCAAGUUCCAAAAAAUCUGCAAAAAUAGUUGCCAAGAUUAAAAAAUCUCUUGAAAAGCAGAGAAAUGAUUAA